GAUCUCAUUUUUCAAAUAACAAACCAUCCUUUUACAGUUAUGGCUAAAAAAGAUUUUACUUGCAAAAAACAACACGAUGUUUUAUUGAUGAGGGAGGUUCUAGUCGAAGUACCACACAAGUUCAAGGCGGGGACAAAGGAGAGAGGGCAGCAGUGGGAAAGAAUCUCAAAUAACCUUAACCACUGUUUCAGAUUUAAAUUUAAAGUAAACCAAAGGUCUGUACGAGAAAGAUUUGCAUUGCUACAAAAUAAAUAUCAACGUGAAUUGAAACAGCAAGAGAAAGCCUCGGGAAUUUCACCAGAGGAGACAGAGUUGGAUACUCUCCUGAAAGAGAUAACAGAAAAAGAAAAAGUGUUUGAAGAGGGACGAGAGGCUAACAGCAAAAUGCAUGURGAUCAAAGAGCACAAGGGGAMGAACAGAGGAGGAAAGCAAUGGAAAGAAUGAGCAAGAGAAAGACUGCAUUGGAGACUGAAGGUGAUGAUGUUCAGAGAAAGAAACGAAGGUCAGGAAGUGAAACUGUGGAGUAUUUAAGGGAGAAAUCAGAGAUUGAAAUGAAAUUGAGAGAGAAAGAGUUGGAACUAAAGAAGGCAGAGGCACAGGCUAAAACAAAUGUUGAUUCCAACAACCAAAUGGUCAUGAUGAUGCAAUCCAUGCAAAAACAAAACCAAGCCAUGAUGAAUAUGUUUGCAACCUUUCUUUCUAAGAACAAGUAGACAAUCAUACAUUACAA